CUCGACGGGGGGCGUGGCUUGUGGGUGGGCGUGGCUUGUCCCACGCGGCGGCUGGUUCCUGUCGGAGCGGCUCAGAGCGCCCGCUGCCGGCGAGCGCGGCGGAUGUGUGUCUGUAGAGCUCCGUCGUCGUCGUCGGGCAUGUCUUCGCUGUCGGAGCUGCUGGGCGAGGCGCUGUCGGCGCCCGACGGCUCCCCGGUGCCCACCGCCUCCCUGGCCGCCAGAGGGGUCGCCUUGGUUGGACUCUACUUCGGAGCAGCCUCCGCCACUGCCACCUCGGCCGCCGCUGCCGCCGCCUCCUCCGCCUCCUCCUCCGCCAGCCCUUUCUCGGCCAGCCUGGCCGCCUUCUAUUCCCGCUUCCAGCAGCAGCAGCAGCAGCAGCGACUAGAGAUCGUCUUCGUGUCGGCCGAACAGGACCAGCAGCGAUGGACGGAGGCCGUCAGAGCCAUGCCUUGGCUGGCCCUGCCCUUCCAGGACAAGAGGAGGAAGCUGAAACUUUGGAACAAGUUCAGAGUCUCCAAUAUCCCGUCGCUGAUAUUUAUAGAUGCCAACACCGGGAAAGUCGUCUGCCGGAACGGACUCUUAGUAAUCCGAGAUGACCCAGAGGGUCUGGAGUUCCCUUGGGGUCCCCGGCCGUUCACCGAGGUGGUCGCCGGACCCCUGCUCUGGAAUAGCGGCCAGUCUCAGGAUAGCACCAUUCUGGAGGGCUCCCAUGUGGGGGUUUACUUCUCUGCACACUGGUGCCCACCCUGCAGAAGCCUUACCCGGGUGCUGGUCGAAUCCUACCGGAAAAUCAAGGAAGCGGGCCAAAAAUUUGAGAUUGUCUUCGUUAGUGCAGAUAGGUCAGAAGAUUCCUUCAAACAGUAUUUCAGUGAGAUGCCCUGGCUAGCUGUCCCUUAUGCCGACGAGGCGAGGCGGUCGCGUCUUAACCGGCUCUAUGGCAUCCAAGGUAUUCCAACUCUCAUCGUCCUGGACCCCAAGGGGGACAUCAUCACCCGGCAAGGCCGAGUGGAGGUGCUGAACGACAUGGAGUGCCGAGAGUUCCCCUGGUACCCCAAGCCCGUCUUGGAGCUAACCGACUCCAAUGCCGUCCAGUUGAACGAAGGCCCUUGCCUGGUGCUUUUCGUAGAUUCUGAUGAUGACGGGGAAUCCGAGGCAGCCAAGCAGCUCAUCCAGCCCAUCGCAGAGAAAAUCAUUGCCAAAUACAAAGCCAAAGACGAAGAGGCGCCUCUGCUGUUUUUCGUGGCCGGAGAGGACGACAUGACCGACUCCUUGCGGGAUUACACCAACCUCCCCGAAGCCGCCCCGCUCCUCACCAUCCUGGACAUGUCCGCCCGGGCCAAGUACGUCAUGGACGUGGAGGAGAUCACGCCCGACAUCGUGGAAGCGUUUGUCAAUGACUUUCUUCUGGACAAGCUUAAGCCCGAGCCGAUCUAAAGCGGAUCAGAGGCUGGACGUGGGGGAGCGCGUGCAUCUGGGGUGGGCGGGGGCCUUUUCUAGCGUCACUGCCCCGCUCCGCUCAGACUUUAUUUAAAACGUUGCGGGGGUUUUGCCAAACCUGGCGCGCAACCCGACUCUUUCGGUGGUCUCGCGGUGCCUUGUUUUAAAACAGCGUUUCUCCUCCACUCCUCUUAAUUCAAGGUGCUGUUUGGAGUGAGGAGAUGAUGGUGGGGGGACUCGGCUUGUACCCUUCUGGAUUCUCUUAGCCCAAAGCGUGUCUGCGCUCUGUUGAGACCUGACCCUUGGUGGCAGGUUGCUUUUCCCACACGGGGUGGGACCCUGGUUUUAAACAUGGCAGUGUCGCGGGUUGGGAUUUGGGGUUGCCGUACCCUGAAGACCUGUUCAGACAGAGAAGUAAGACCUCACAAGGCGGGCCAGAGCUAGACCGGGAAACUAUGGCCUGUUCCAGACUGCCAAAAUAAAGCUGCUUUGGGUCUCUUUGGAGGUAUGCUAUUUAA